CUGAUUUGCAUCUCAGGAACCUUCUAGGCAGAUAUUGUCCUGUGUGCCCACAUCCUUGCUUCUGAGAAACAGGUGGUGAAGCAACUCGGUUGACAAUACCAUGGGAUCCACCCCGGAAGGAAGAGACAGUGCUUUAUGGCCAGACACCCCCAAGGGCCCCCUGAGUGCCUACCGAGCAAGAGCUUCCUUCAGCUCCAAGGAGCUGCUGCUAUUCUGGGACGGCGAAGAUGCGCUCCAGUUCAAGAAAACCAUCUUCGAGGCUCUGGAGAAUGACCCUCUCUUUGACCGAUCCUCUGGGGCUGAUCUGCCUCUAGAGAAGCAGCGGGAACUGAACUUCCUUCGCUGCAAGCGCAUCUUCGAGUAUGGCUUCUUCCACAUGGAUGACCUGUUGAAGGACCCCCUGAAGAUCCCAACGUUGAUUACCUGCCUGGGCAUGUACGACUGGUCCCUGGCUAACAAAUGUGUCCUCCACAUGUUGGUUUUUGGAUCCACAAUUUUCAGUUCUGGUUCUGAGCAGCGCUUCAAGUAUCUUAAGAAGAUCUUUAACAUGGAGAUUUUUGGAUGUUUUGCUCUGACUGAACUGAGUCACGGGAGUAACACCAAGGCCAUGCGAACCAUAGCUCACUACGAUCCCGCCACCCAGGAGUUCAUCUUACAGUCCCCGGAUUUUGAGGCUGCCAAAUUUUGGGUAGGCAACAUGGGCAAGACAGCGACGCACGCGGUGGUGUUUGCUCAGCUGCACAUGCCGGAUGGCCAGUGCCACGGGCUGCAUUCCUUCCUGGUGCAGAUUCGGGACCCGAAGACCCUGCUCCCCAUGCCAGGGGUGCUGGUCGGCGACAUAGGGAAGAAGCUGGGACAGAAUGGCCUGGAUAACGGAUUUGCCAUGUUCCACAAAGUUCGAAUUCCUCGACAGAACCUCCUGGACUGGACUGGGAGUAUCACCUCCGAGGGCACUUACAGCACCCCCUAUAAGGAUGCCCGGCAGCGUUUAGGAGCAUCCUUGGGCGGUCUGUCCUCAGGACGCAUCUCCAUUAUUGGCAUGUCCGUGGUCAACCUGAAGCUGGCAGUGUCCAUAGCGAUCCGAUUCUCGGCCAUGCGGUGUCAGUUUGGACCCACAGAUGAGGAAGAAAUUCCUGUCCUUGAAUAUCCACUGCAGCAAUGGCGCCUACUUCCAUACCUGGCAGCUGCCUAUGUCUUGGACCACUUCUAUAAGACGCUCUUCUUGGACCUGAUAGGGCUACAGUUUGGCCUGCUGGAGGGAAACAACAGUACCAGGCAGGCGGAGCUUGGACGUGAGAUCCACGCCCUGGCAUCAGCUGGCAAGCCCCUAGCCUCCUGGAUAGCCCAACAGGGGAUCCAGGAGUGCCGCGAGGCGUGUGGGGGACACGGCUAUCUGGCCGUGAAUCGGCUUGGUGACCUCAGAAAUGACAAUGAUCCAAACUGCACCUAUGAAGGCGACAACAACGUCCUGCUGCAACAGACCAGCAACUACCUGCUCAGCUUCCUGGAACGCCGGCUCCAAGACGGAGCUGCCUUCACAAGCCCUCUCAAGACAGUGGACUUUCUGGAAGCCUAUCCUGGAAUCUUGGACCAGAAGUUCACGGGCUCCAGCCAAGCUGACUGGCUGGACUCAGCAGCCCCCCUGGCAGCAUACCGCUGGCUCGUCUGCUACCUGCUCCAAGGGAGUCAUCAGAAAUUCUGUCAAGAGAAACAGUCCAGAGGCAGCGACUUUGAAGCCAGAAACAACAGCCAGGUGUACUGUUGCCGGCCCCUGGCCCUGGCCUUCCUAGAGCUCACUGUGGUGCAGCGAUUCCACACGCACACACACAGCUCCAGCGUGCCUCCAUCUCUGCAGGCCGUGCUUCGGCGGCUCGGCAUGCUCUACAGCCUCUGGUCCCUGAACCGGCAUAUGGCCCUGCUCUACCGAGGUGGCUACAUUUCUGGUGAACAAGCAGGAAGGGCGAUGGAGGACGCCAUCAUGUCACUGUGUGAGCAGCUGAAAGAUGAUGCAGUGGCUCUGGUGGACGUGAUCGCCCCUUCCGACUUUGUUCUGGGCUCCCCAAUUGGCAAAGCUGAUGGUGAGCUCUAUAAAAACCUGUGGGCAGCCGUCCUGCAGCAGGACGGGGUGUUGGAGCGUGCCACCUGGUGGCCUGAGUUCACUGCCAACAAACCCUUGGCCAGCAGGCUCAAGUCCCAGCUGUAGACAUGGUGGCAGAGGCGGCCACAGCAGAAGCAGCUGACCCAGAGGCCUGGACCCAGGACACCAAGAUACCCACGCUGAAAACCACGCACACCGUGCCUCUUCUGGUCCCUCGUCGACCUGUCAUCCCCAUCCUCCAAUGGGGACAGGUCAUGUCUCAUGUGCAGGGUCAAGGAGUUUACACAGUGUGUCUCCCUGAGGGUCUUGGGAUUUUAGUGCAGGAUUUUACCCAUGCUGUCUUGGGAUACAGAUAGGAAGGAAAAAUCGGGGCUCACAAUGAAGGCUUCUGUUCAGGGGAACUUUGGGGUCCAUGGGAGAUUUUUGCAAAGCUCUAUUCUCUAUUCUGUCUUCUGAUUCUUUAACCCUUCUGUGGUGUUGUUACUUAUGGCUCUGUACCAUGGAACAUGAGAACGAUGUCAUUUGAAGAUUUUUAUGGGAAAAAAUGCUUUAUUACUUAUUUUGGUAGCACCAGAAGUUUCCACAGAGGAAGGGCCCCCACAGAGGAAGGGCCCCCACAGGGGAAGGGCCCCCACAGGGGAAGGGCCCCCACAGGGGAAGGGCCCCCACAGGGGAAGGGCAUGGUGGUGGGGACAUCUAGCCUACUCACCAUGACAUCCCCACUGUGUCAGUGACUGGGUGGCAAUGGUUUCAGUCCUUGUAUUUCUAAAACAGGGGCAAUGCCCGGUGCCAUCUGUCCCCACCAAGCGUCCCUCAGCAAAUUCACAUGUGGCAUGACCCUGCUACACUGGCCACAGCCAGACCCUAGUGCUUCUGAAAGCUAUGGGGCCAUGCUGCCGUCCCUUCCCGCUGUAGGAAGGAUCCUGUCCUCUUAGCCUUUCCCAUGGGCUGUUCUGAGGCCCAGGUGCUUGCUGAGCCCAAGAGCCUCUUUAGCACCUUGCUCUUGGUCAAGCCCACCCCCCGCCCUGGCUCAGCCCCCUCCCAGAGUUCCACUCCAGCCCAGUGGCAUGGGCGGGCUCUGGGGACCGCCACCUGGAGUCCCUGUGGAACAUGGGAACCAUGCGUUCACAGAUGAUCCCCUCCACCUGGAUCUGUGGCUUUUCCCAACAGUGAGGACUAAGUCUUAGGUCUCCUCGGGUCCUGCCAGCUCUUGGGUUUUGUGCUUUUCCCCUCCUGCCGCACAAUGGUCACCUCAGUCACCUGUGUGGGUGACUUGGGUUUUUUUUUUGGGGGGGGGCGGGGGAGCUUGCUUUACUAUCCUGUCCGAUUGGAGGCUGAGCAGCAUGUCACAGAAGUGGCUAAGGUCGGUAGAGUGUGGCAUUAAGAUAAGUCACGUGGUUCCCGGGGUGAAGCAGUCUGGCUGCAGAGCUUCCAUUGGUGGCUCCGAUACCGACAGGGUUGAAGUGAUAGAAAAUUAUCAGCAGUGAUGACUUCUGGGGGAGGAAGGGUCAGUUUUCUUUUAAGAGUGGCCACUGGUGGGUUGACCAUGCUCCAUUGUAUGUUCACACACCCAAGAGUUUAUGUGCAGGCACAAAGUGGACUUGAUGGAUUUUUAAAAAUAUGUGUGUGUGUUUUCAUAUCCACCCAUUGGGUAUGUCUUUGUUCCUGGGGCAGAGACUGGCUCUCUGGACACCCAGACUUCGAUGGAUGUCCUGUUAGCUUGCAGGCAUCACAUGCCUUGCAAGGAGGAAGCCUGUAUCCUUAGUCACUGCCAGGGUACAUGUGCUCCACUCCUGUUCUGAGGGUGAGGCUGGUGGCAUGUGAAACAGGCCCAUGGGCAGGAGCCACAUUAUUGAGACAGACUUGUAAAGGUCCCUUAAAAAUGACACAUUUAUAAACAGCAGUAAAAACUUGAAUAAUUGCAAUAAAGUGUUGAAAUUGAA